AUGCCAUCCUCAAAACAAAUAAUUCAAGAGGUUGACAAGGCUCGUCGUCUUCUGGCUGAUACUCGUCGUCGUCGUGUGCUUGCUGUAAAGCGUUUGUUUCCUGGUCUUUCUGAUAUCGUUAAUUCCUCCAAUCUGGAUGCAAAUUCAAUCUCUAAUCGUCAUUCUUGUUUAGAUCGAAUGAAGUCAUGGGUCGGAGUAAGCUCAAGUGUUUAA